AUGCCGAUAGACAUGCCGCGGGGGCUCCCCUUCGCCGUCGACACGUGGGGUCCCUCCUCCCGGCGCCGGCGCCACCGCUUCCUCACCCACACGCACCGGGACCACCUCGUCGGCUCCGGUGUCGACAUCGACGGGGACGGCACCGUCUACGCCACCCGCCUCACCCUGCACCUCGCGCUUCGCCACUUUCCCCAGUUGGGAAGUUGGGAGUUCGUGGAGAUGGAGGUGGGGAGGACGGUGGUGCUGGAUGAUCCCACCGGCGCCUUCUCUGUCACCACGUACGGCGCAAAUCACUGCCCUGGGGCAGUCAUGUUCUUGUUUGAGGGUCAAUUUGGUACCAUACUUCACACAGGGGACUGUCGGCUUACACCAGACUGCAUACAGGAUUUGCCAAUGAAGUACAUAACGAAGAAAGGAAACGAAAACAUUUGCCGACUUGACUUUGUAUUCCUAGAUUGCACCUUCUCCAAAUGCUUCCUCAAGCUACCGAGCAAGGAGUCAGCAAUCCGGCAGGUUAUAGCUUGCAUAUGGAAGCAUCCACUUGCACCAUUUGUUUUCCUUGCUUGUGAUCUUCUUGGGCACGAAGAUAUACUAGUUGAGGUGUCACGGACUUUCGGAUUGAAAAUUUAUGUUGACUGGAAAUUGGAUUGUUUUAAAGCACUAUCACUGACAGCCCCUGAAAUCAUCACUAAUGAUUCAUCUUCUCGCUUUCAGAUGGUUGGGUUCCACCAGUUAUAUGAUAGAGCAAGCAAAGAGCUUGCAGAGGCAAGGGCAAAUCUCCAACCUGAACCCUUAUUUAUUCGUCCAUCAACACAGUGGUAUGCAAGCUGUGCUCGAAACCAGAAGAAACCCAGCCUAACAGAAGCUGAGCAGGAUGAGUUUGGCAUCUGGCAUGUUUGUUUCUCCAUUCACUCCUCUCGUGAUGAGUUGGAGCAGGCACUACAACUUCUCCAACCUCAGUGGGUUAUUUCAACAACUCCGCCGUGCUUUGCCAUUGAGCUGAGCUAUGUAAAGAAACAUUGUUUCAAGACCCGCUUAACACCUGAUGAUCCACUGUGGAAAAUAUUCAGAGAUCCUCUUGAAAAGUCAGUGUCCUCCCCUUGUUCAGUGCUUGUGUCUGAAACACAGACAAACGAAGAUAACUCAAGUUUUGUUGUUGAUGAUGAUCAUUCAUCUUCCACCAGCGAUGGAUGUACAUAUUUAAAUGUAAUAAGCACCCUUGAACUGAAAUUUGUGCCACCCCCUCCACCUGAAGAACCAGACAUUACAUUGUUUGGAAGAGCAAGGUUUGCCUCUCAAGCAAUUGACAUUAUGAAAGAAGAGUACAUUGCCUUAGAAGAAGCCAGGGCAUGUGCACCAACAGAUUCGGUUCAUGGUAGUAGUGAAGAUGUUGAAACAUAUUCUUCUAUGGAUUUCGAUACGAAACAACCACCAGCCUCCCAGCAGGAUCCCAUGGCAGUUGGAGAUGAUGUGACUUCCUGUAAGCAUGAAACAACCUCAACGCAAUUAGAAGCGUGUCAAGUGAAGUCAUUACCUGCUGUUCGACACAAUAUGUUAGUGGUGUCUGAUCAACUUGAAAAGUCAGAAGUUGCAGAGGAGUCAAAAUCAUCGAGUUCCACGGAAGACUUAAACCUUACCAUGGUCAGAAGUGCAGAAAGAACUGAUUGUCAAAAGGAACCUUUGUGCAUUAUUGGAUCAUCGAAAUGUUUGAAUACAAGUUUGAAGAGGCUUUACAGGUCAAGGAAUAUCCCUGUUCCUAGACCUCUUCCAUCGCUUGUCAGACUUUUGGAGUCCUCUAAACGGGUCAAAAUGCAACCAAAUACUAAUUAUAAUUCAUUGAAUUCACGACACAGCUUACCCUAA